AUGACAAGAGGUCAAAAGCAGAAAUCUGUCCGGGUGCCAGGUGUUUCAAAGGGUAGUCACAUCACCCAGGUUACGUUUAAAAAAGUCUGGGUCAGUGAUACAUAUAACAAUCUUGUCCUUGCAAGCACAUUAGGUGAAGACCUACAUCAUCUGACAGAUGUAGCUAGUGGUGGAUCUGGUGUUCACACUUUAAAUAGUGAUGGAGAGUUAUUUUACAUAGACAAAUCAUAUAACAUAAACAAAUUGUCUGAAGAUAGCGAUGCCAAAAGUACAUUUAUUAAGUACACACCACCAUGGAACCCUCAAUGUGUGUACAGUUCUUUCUCCACUGGAGACCUCCUGGUUGGAAUGUAUAAUUGUGAAACAGAUGAAUGUACAGCCAAGUUGACCCGGUAUAACUCCAAAGGAGAAAACAUCCAAACAAUAGAGCAUAAAAACAAAGGUCAAAGAAUGUAUUACGGACCUAUCUAUAUCACAGAGAACCGCAAUGGAGAUAUUAUUGUGUCUGAUGAUCACUGUGUUGCAGUGGUUGUGACAGAUCAAAGAGGAAAAUAUCGCUUCUCUUACACUGGACCCCCAUCAGGAGUGGGACUUUUACCACGUGGAAUAUGUACGGACGCGUUUUCACACAUCCUGGUGUGUGAUAUUUACACACACACAAUACAUAUGAUAGACAAGAAUGGCCUGUUCUUAAAAUUUUUACUUACCCCAAACCAUGGCAUAGAUGGACCACACGGCCUCAGUUAUGAUGCAGCAUUUAACUCUCUCUGGGUUGGAUCCGAUUGGAAAAACACCGUGGACGUAUACAGAUGUGUUGACUCUCUUAAUGACCUUCCUGCUGAAAAAAUGAAGUGUAAGAAGCAUCCAGCAAGUACAGCAGAGAAAAUGUGUGUAACAUGUGACGUUCCUUUAUGUGUGGAAUGCAUCAUUUCUGAAGAACACAAGAGACACUCCAUUAAAGAAAUUCACAGUAAAAAAGGGUUUGAUACGAUGACAAAAAUAGAUUGA